UCCAAACGGACUCAAAGUGAAUUUUAUUUUAAUUGGCGCCCAACGUGGUUUGAACCACAAUCUUUAAUCCUUGUAUAAGGAGUCGGUAUUAAUUUCGUAAAAAAGUGUGUGAAAAUUUAGUUAUUUAAAUGUUCACGAUCGUGCGAAUUUAAAACGAAACAAUAAUCGAGUGAAGCGGCUGGCAGCGGAGUUUUCAGACGUACCUACAUAUUGCAACAAGUGACUGUGACUGGGUGAACGAGAUAUCUAAUCAAAGCGUAUCGAAUCAACUGGUGGCGUGUGUCUAACUUGCAAACAGAUAUGAAUAUCUGUACGAGUAUUAUAUUAACAUUGGUCACCACCGUCGCCGGUAAAAUCUUUGACUAUAGUUCAUCUAAUUAUAUAUCAUUACGAAAAGGGGACGUGGGACUGUACGAAGAUUAUAUAUACCUUAUCCAUAAUAUAAAUUUAACUGAAUUGAAAUGUUUUCAAUAUCGGAACAGAAGGAAUCACUGGACGCAGAUGCGAAUGAAAUGUCUAGAUUAUUGUCGUCUCUAAGCGCAUAAAUUUAAUAAAAAAAGAGUAUUAUGAUAUCAGCGAACCAAGAUUUCCUGAGUUAUUUCAAAUUAUUACCAUUAGAAAUCAAAGAGUAAUAUCCUUAUUAACGAACGCUGUCUACUCGGUUACCCUUGCUCAAUUAAACAUUGUUAAUCCUGUCAUUUUAACAGACCAAGGGGUCCUCUCAAUCGUAAAACAGGAAGAAAUGCCCAUUACUAUAAGUGAAUUGACUUCAUCUUCUACUGUUAAAAUAUAUAUUAGUAAUAAUGUGUUUAAAUAUUUAGUUAAAGUACCAAAUAUAAUUACUAUUUGUUCUCUCAUAGUUAUGUACCCUGUAAUUCAUAACAAUACCAUAUUAGAUUUAAGUAAUAGGUAUGUUGCCGAGUGCAAAAAAAAAACACACUGCCACUGGUUAAUUGUAAGGACGGUAAGGGCAAAGCAGUCUGCAAGCACGAUCGUUUUGAUAAAUGCCUUGCAAUGAUCUUCAAUGGAAACGUCGCAACGUGUAAAACGGUCACUUCAUAUCACAUCUCACCAAUCGAAAGGGUUGAUGAUGAUACAUUGAUCAUUAAUGAUGCAACAGCCACAAUAGUAGAGAAAAAUCACUCGGUGACUGUUACGGGUACAUUCCUCGUACAGUUUGAAGAGGAUAUUCUCGUCAACGACACACUGUACAAAGUUACAGGUAAGGUGUCAUCAGUGGUUCCGCAAAUUUCAAAGCAGUUCCAGCUUAAUGUGUCAGCACAUUCGACACAGCUGACAUUGCCGUACCUGCAUAAGAUACAUCUCCGCAAUUUGGAGAAGAUCCGACAAUUUGAUGCCGACAAAGUCAACAACAAUGAGUAUGCAUGGUAUGCAUUUGUCCUCGUCGUGGCAACAGUGAUUCCGGCUGGUAUCAUAGUAAUGCGUAGAAAAUGCCGUGGUAAGCCGACGAUCAGACGACCUAACCGACCUGUGAAUUUCGACGUCGAAAAUGAAAUCGAACGUAUCGUACGCUACAUCGCCGAUCACAAACAGAUUCGGGACGAAUCAGCUUAAGGGGAGGGGUAGUAAUAGCACAAUAUAAAUAUUUAGGGUAUACAUAUAGAAUAAAUAUUAUUGGGUG